AAUCUCUUUAUGCCAUGUUUUAAAACAAUUUCGCUCGAAAUUUCUCAUUUCAUUUUUCUAAAGAGCUAGUGGAACAAACAGUCAUGCUCAUUAAUAUUUGUCAUAUAACACUUUUUUUUACUUUGGUGAUGAUUGUCUCAUCUAUGAAGGAGGUUAACAAAGAAACAUGCGAAGUCUGCGUUACGAUGAUUGAGAAAUUCAUUGAACAAACGGAUUCUGAAACUAAGAAGAGCGUGGAGAAAGUUCAAGAUGCCUUUAUGAAGUUUUGUAAGACUAAGAAAAAGGAUGAUAAUCGCUUGUGUUAUUACGUUGGAGGUCUAGAAGAAUCGGCGACCAGCGUUUUAGGAGAAAUUACAAAAAGAGUGACUUGGGGUGUUCCAGCCGAUAAAAUUUGUAUGCAUUUAAACAAGAAGGAUUCUCAAAUUUGCGAGUUGAAAUAUGAAAAACAAAUUGAUCUGACAAAAGUGAACUUAAAGAAACUAAAAGUCAAAGAUUUAAAGAAAAUACUCUCAGACUGGGAUGAAAAUUGUAAAGGAUGUACCGAAAAAUCAGAUUUUAUAUCGAAGAUAAAAGAAUUAAUGCCUAUUCAUGCACCCGAUGCUGCUAAAAUUUUAAAGAAGAAAGAGGAAUUAUAG